CAACACGGUGCGGAUAUCAAUCAGAGAUGCUACGGUGCUUCGUUCUGUCCCGAUGAUCAGAAAAGCAGUCGAACUGAUUCACUGGAACACGAAUAUGUCGAACUUAGCUUGAAAACUAAUUAUGGAGGACGAAUGUAUUUCGGCGAGUAUCCACUAUCAUUUGCGGCAUGUACGAAUCAACUGGACUGCUAUCGUCUUCUACGUGCAAAACGAGCCGAUCCAAAUCAGAAGGAUACCAACGGAAAUACCGAAAUGCUGAAACUUGCCUAUAACACCGGUGCUAAACUGCAAAUAAUGAAUAAUCAAAAUUUAACACCGUUGACAUUAGCUGCACAUUUAGCAAAGAAAGAGAUGUUCGAUCAAAUACUGAAAUUGGAAUCAGAUGUGGUAUGGAUGUAUGGGGAUGCGAGCAGUCACGCAUAUCCACUCGCUAAAAUUGACACCAUUAAUCAGGAGACUGGCGAUUUGAAUGAGGAUAGUGCUUUAUCGUUGAUUGUUUACGGGGUAAUUCUUUUUUUUUAG